GAGAGCAGCCGGAGAAUAAACCCCGAUGAUCUCGGACUGAUCCCGCACCCACGACCAUGUCGGUGGCCUUCGCGUCCGCCCGGCCGAGAGGCAAAGGGGAGGUCACGCAGCAAACCAUCCAGAAGAUGCUGGACGAGAACCACCACCUGAUCCAGUGCAUCCUGGACUAUCAGAGCAAGGGCAAGACGGCCGAGUGCACCCAGUACCAGCAGAUCCUGCACCGGAACCUGGUCUACCUGGCCACGAUCGCGGAUUCUAACCAGAACAUGCAGUCCCUGCUGCCCGCCCCGCCAACCCAGAGCCUGGCGCUGGGCCCCGGAGGGCUGUCGCAGAGCGGCUCGGGCCAGGGCCUGCACUCGCAGGGCAGCCUCAGCGACGCCAUCGGCGCGGGCCUGCCGCCACCCUCCCUCAUGCAGGCCCAGAUCGGCAACGGUCCGAACCACGUGACCCUGCAGCAGACGGCGCAGAGCACGCUGCCCACCACCUCCAUGAGCAUGUCCGGCAGCAGCCACGGCUCGGGGCCCGGCUACAGCCACUCGGGACCGGCCUCGCAGAGCAUCCCCCUGCAGGGCCAGGGCGCCAUCAGCAGCUACGUGUCCCGGGCCAACAUCAACAUGCAGUCCAACCCAGUGUCCAUGAUGCACCAGCAGGCAGCCUCGUCCCACUACAGCGCGGCCCAGGGCGGGAGCCAGCACUACCAGGGCCAGUCCAUGGCCAUGAUGGGCCAGAGCGGGCAGGCGGGCAGCAUGAUGGGGCAGCGGCCCAUGGCGCCCUACCGGCCCUCCCAGCAAGGCUCGUCCCAGCAGUACCUGGGCCAGGAGGAGUACUACGGCGGCGAGCAGUACGGCCAUGGCCAGGCCGCCUCGGAGCCCAUGAGCCAGCAGUACUACCCUGACGGACAUGGCGAUUACGCCUACCAGCCGGCGUCCUACACGGAGCAGAGCUAUGACCGGUCGUUUGAGGAGUCCACGCAGCACUACUACGAGGGCGGAAACUCACAGUACAGCCAGCAGCAGGCGGGGUACCAGCAGGGCACAGCCCAGCAGCAGACGUACUCCCAGCAGCAGUACCCCAACCAGCAGAGCUACCCCGGGCAGCAGCAAGGCUAUGGGCCUGCCCAGGGCGCCCCCUCGCAGUACUCCAGCUACCAGCAGGGACAAGGCCAGCAGUACGGAAGCUACCGAGCGUCUCAGACGGGCCCGUCCGCCCAGCAGCAGCGGCCUUACGGCUACGAGCAGGGCCAGUACGGAAAUUACCAGCAGUAAAGGACAAACAUUCUUAUGGAGGCUUGCAGCGGCAUGUCUGUCUGGGAUGGACAGGCCAGUGACAGUUCUGAUGAGCUGUGACCUGCGGGCUGCCCCUUCACCCCACGCAGCGUCUGCAUGUGAAGCGUGCACAUUUCACGUGGGGUAGGACGCCGAGCGUGCACCGCCGGUGCAAGACAGCGCUUUGAUGGUGUGACAUAUUUGGUGCUGUGUAUAGUAUUGUAUGUCCAUACACGGAGAGGUUGUCCCUUUUUGUCCGCCUCCCCCCCCCCCGCCGUGUUUCUAGCUAGCUUUAGGGGUCCUUUUGUCAUCAGAGUGUUCUGUGCCCAGUGAUGGGACACCUACAAGAGGCCAUAGUCCACGUACUUGUAUAAACAGACCUUAGGGCUGACACUCCUCCUGCACUGUCGCACCGUGGGUUGUAAACUUGUCUUUCACUGUCCGCACCGCAGCUGGACACGUGUGCACAGCCCCUGGAUGGCAGCCUCUUCC